AGCCGUUAGGCUUCACAGGCCUAGUUUUGUGAGGUCCAAAGAUCCAAUUCAAGAUGACUGUGGAUGUGGUGAAGGUGGCCCUAGUGGGCCUUGGUCGUGCCGGCCACUGUCAUCAGCUGCCCGGUAUUGUUCGGCUUGCAUGGGUCAUUGAUGUUGAUACGGAGAAGGCCAAGCACAUUGCAACCGAAAAGGGCUGCAGGUGGUCCAGCAGUCUAGAUGCUGCCCUGGCAGGGCCAGAUGCUGUUCAUGCAGUGAUCAUUGCCUCAGCAACGGACACGCAUUUCCCGUACAUCAUGCAGGCUCUGAAUGCUGACAAGGCAGUCCUUGCAGAGAAACCCAUCAUGAGUUGAAUGAAGUUGUGGAAGCCGUUGAACUGGCCAAACAGAAAAACCUUGCAUUUGUGUGUGGCUACCAGCGACGUGCAGAUCGUCAUUUCCGCGAGUUGAAGCGCCAAUUAGAUGCAGGAGCUAUUGAGAACCUGAAGCUGCUGAAAACAUGCAGCCGGGACAAUCCCAUUCCUCCUAUGGAAUACCUACGCACCAGCGGUGGAAUUUUUCAUGACAUGUUGAUUCAUGACUUUGAUAUGCUUGACUUUCUCAGUGGCGGCCAAAUACCAGAAUCUGUCACCGCCACUGGCCACAGCUACCACCCGGAGAUCAAAGAGAUUGGUGAUGUCGACAUUUGUGCAGUGAUGUUCAAGUAUCCUAGUGGCCUCAUCGCCAUGGUGGAUACUUGCCGAGACGCGUCCUACGGUUAUGACCAGCGCAUCGAGGCCUUUGGUGAGCGAGAAUGAACUCACCAGCACAGUCGAGCUCGCGAAGGCAGAUGGCCAUCGGAUGCCUUCAGCCACUGAGAUGAAGGGUUUGGAGUUUGGUUGAAGACAGAAGACAUGGGAAGACAAAUCAGGAUAAAUCAGGUUGGAAAAUCUUCAAAUUGUUCAUGUGCCGCGUAACAGUAAAUCGGAAGAUCGAGUCGACCCUUGACCUUCCUAAGGUGCUUGCAGUCAGACUCCAAUGAUACCCUACUUGUUUAAACAAGAACAUCAAAUGUGUUUAAUGUGUAUUCUAGAUAUUUAUUAUUAAUAGUUGCAUUUAUAUUGAAGGAUUACCAGGGUUUAACACCACCAGAAUUGUACCACCAUCUACUGUAAGUAUGCAUGUAAUGCCACCACCCGGAUUGGUUCGGGCAGGUUGUUUUCCAGCUCAGAUGCUUGGUGACAUGAAGGAAUGACUCCGUGGAACUGUGGAACUUGUUUCUUGGGACAAGGCUCCGUUUGAGGGACCUUGCUACAUCAAAAUCAUAUGACAACCAGAUGUCGUGCUCUCCUCUCUGAUUCUUGGUACUUCCUUGAGGUGUCGGGAUUGUGUCAAGUUCGUUUUUGCUUUGCUUCUUUGGAAUGGAGUCCUCCAAGAUUCUGCUCUGCCAGACGAAUCAGGCCACCUCCAAGAUUCUGCUCGAAAUGGUUGUUGGUCGGUGGCCUGAUUGGUUUGAAAUCAUCCCAGGCCAUGCACAGCUUUCCGCAACGAUACCUUCAGGCCUAUCGCUCUGAGCUGACGGAGUUCAUCGAGCUGGUGCGGGCCGGCCCAGAGAGCGAGAUGCAUCGCCUGGAGCAGCAGGCAAUGCUGCGACAUCCCAACGUUGUCCGGACCACCAUCACGGCGGAGAUGUCCUGGAAGCAGGGAAAGACCGUGAACCUUGCAGAGCUCAUGAAUUUUGGCUCAGACAAUCUGCAGGUCGCUGCAAUUUGUUCCCCGGAGGCGGAAUUGGCCAUGAAGGAUGUUGUGAAGGUGGCCCUAGUGGGCCUUGGUCGUGCCGGCCACUUCCACAUGGAGUCGGUCCUUCAGCUGCCUGGUAUUGUUCGGCUUGCAUGGGUCAUUGAUAUUGAUACGGAGAAGGCCAAGCGCAUUGCAACCGAAAAGGGCUGCAGGUGGUCCAGCAGUCUAGAUGCUGCCCUGGCAGGUCCAGAUGCUGUUGAUGCAGUGAUCAUUGCCUCAGCAACGGACACGCAUUUCCCGUACAUCAUGCAGGCUCUGAAUGCUGACAAGGCAGUCCUUGCAGAGAAACCCAUCUCCCAUGAGUUGAAUGAAGUUGUGGAAGCCGUUGAAUUGGCCAAACAGAAAAACCUUGCAUUUGUGUGUGGCUACCAGCGACGUGCAGAUCGUCAUUUCCGCGAGUUGAAGCGCCAAUUAGAUGCAGGAGCUAUUGGGAACCUGAAGCUGCUGAAAACAUGCAGCCGGGACAAUCCCAUUCCUCCUAUGGAAUACCUACGCACCAGCGGUGGAAUUUUUCAUGACAUGUUGAUUCAUGACUUUGAUAUGCUUGACUUUCUCAGUGGCGGCCAAAUACCAGAAUCUGUCACCGCCACUGGCCAUGCCUACCACCCGGAAAUCAAAGCGAUGGGUGAUGUUGACACCUGUGCAGUGAUGUUCAAGUAUCCCAGUGGCCUCAUCGCCAUGGUGGAUACGAGUCGAGAUGCAUCCUACGGCUACGAUCAACGGAUCGAGGCCUUCGGCGAGCAGGGCAUGCUCAGUGCCAAGAACAACUUGACGAGCACCAUCGAGCUUGCUACGGCGGAUGGCCAUUUGAUGCCGCCCGCCAUGUACAGCUUUCCGCAGCGGUACCAUGAGGCCUAUCGCUCUGAGCUGACGGAGUUCAUCGAGCUGGUGCGGGCCGGCCCAGAGAGCAAGAUGCAUCGCCUGGAGCAGCAGGCAAUGCUGCGACAUCCCAACGUUGUCCGGACCACCAUCGCGGCGGAGAUGUCCUGGAAGCAGGGAAUGACUGUCCAGGUGGCCUCCAUCCAGCCUCACGUGCUGCCCACACCUGAGCCGCCACAGAAGCUGCUGCGAACACAGGUGCCAGAAGGAUAUCCCCAGACCUCAGCCUCGGAUGAGAAGCAUGCCAAGCAAACCAUGGCUUUUGUCAAAGGCCAGCAGGAGCGAUGGUUGAAAUUUAACAAAGGAGAGAAGAGCAUCAUGGAUGUAUUGAAGUUUUUGGACGAUGAGCCCUUCCAACGAGCUGAAUGUAUCAGGGCUUCCUGGCCUGGAGAGGAGUAUGAGUGGUUCCACUUGGUGGGUUUGCUCCACAAUCUGGGCAAGAUCAUGGCUGCUCCUGAGGUUGCGGGCCAGGAGGCUUUGGAUCAAUGGGCUGUGCUGGGUGAUACCUUCCCAGUUGGUUGUGCACCAGCGGAAGACGCCUGUCUUUUGCCUGAAGCCUUCAAAACAAAUCCAGACUACUCGCACCCACUCUAUGGAACCAAGAAUGGCAUCUACAAGGCUGGCUGUGGCAUCUCCAAUCUUAUCAUGUCAUGGGGUAAGGAUGAGUGUUUUGCCUAAUUUAUGUCGAUGCUUCGUGUGCGCUCAAAACCAUUGCUAAACUUUGCAAAGCUUGACUAUUGCAUCUACAGCUUGUCUAUUCUUUAGUCAUAGAGACACCUGACACCUUCUUCCCUCCUGAAUUACCACUCCUCAUUCGAAUAUAUGAUAUUUAUUGUAUGUCCUUUGAACAGGUGUAAGCUGAUCUUGAUCUUGAGUCAAGACAUCGACAUAGAUUGUAAACAUUGUAAACCAAGCUCUUUGCGAGGGCCAUGGAAUUUCUUGAGGUAUGCCUACCAAAUGCUGAAGCACAACGGAUGCACUCUACCUGGGUCAGCCUUGGAGCUAAUCCGUUUGCAGUCCUUCUUCUCUUGGUUUGACCAGGGCGCCUACUGCCACUUCCAAGCUCCCUGUGAUGCUGAAACCUUGAAAUGGGUGAAGGAAUUCAACAAGAUUGAGCCUUCGCUGGAAGCCAAAAAAUGGGCAAGGUAGCGAGGCCUACUACGCGGGCUUGUUGAAGAAGUACAACAUCGACGGCAAGCUCAAAUGGUGAAAUUCAAUUUUCUUCAGUUGUUUUCAUGCAAGAGUGCCACCUGUGCGACAACCUGGCAAUAGUGGCAAUGGCCAAAGCUUUGUGGUGCUCAUCAAUGAGUGUUCGCCAGUCAUGCUUUUCCGCCCUCCCGGCAGGAGUCCAUCUCAAAUACCCAGACGAAUUGACCCCAGUCCGUUAUAGCUUUUGCUGGUCGCAGAAAUUCGGUGUAAGAAUGCGGGACCUUUCAAAGACCCACUGAUGGAAUUCAUGCACCCUGCGGGUCCCUGCAUCCAAUUUGGUUUGGGAGCUGAUGUAUGUGCUGCCUCGCACCCUGUGCUUGAGACGCCAGUUCCAGUUCCUAGGACGCUGUGCCAAAUUCGGAAUUCCAAGCCCUGCGACCUGCAAACUUUUUGACCAAGUGGAAUGGGGUCAACUCGCCGUUCCAACACUUGAUGAUGUGUAGCGGCCUAGUAGCGGCUGUCUUUGAACUUUCAGCCCUGAUUUGAAUGCAUAUUUUUGUAGCUGAUUCAGCAAAAGUGCCGGAAUGCGGAUCCAAAAAGUCAGCCACGU